AAGGGUUCAUGGGUAGCGUAUUUACAAAGCAGCCUCCCCCGCCAGCCGGUGCCGCGGCUGCUAAUAACAGCGGUCAUUAAGUAAAUGAGACGUCGCCGUGAGCUGGCUCAGGAGUUCGCACACUGAGGGGAGAAGAUAUUUAAUUGAAACCCGCACACGGCCGUCCCCACAUGUGACCGCCGUGAGGGAUGCAGCUGCCCCCGCCCCCGGCCACCCGCACCCCCAUGUAAAUUUCAUGAUUGCUUUUCCGUGAUGUCAUUUUGAAAGAGGACAGACAAUAGCUGUGGGGAAAGAAAAUGAGUUCCUGGGUGAGCUGCUGAGUCAAAGGUGGACACACAGAGACAAGACCAGCAGCUGCAGGACCUCCGGAGGCCUCCAGGACAGCCACAGCAAGAUGAGCUUAGAGAACGAGGACAAGCGAGCUCGCACGCGGUCCAAGGCUGCCCGAGCUCCCCCGGAGACCACAGGUACAGACGUCAGCUGCCCCACGCCAGGAUGCAGCGGCUCCGGACACGUGCGGGGGAAGUACUCCCGGCAUCGCAGUUUGCAGAGCUGCCCCCUGGCCAAGAGGAGGAGGCUGGAGGGCGCUGAGGCGGAGCGCCUGGGGUCCCAGAGGAAGCCGCUCCCCCUGCGGCUGGCGCUGGGCGAGGGCUGCAGUGUGGACAGCGAAGGCAGCGAGGACGCCGAGGUGAAGGAUGCUUCUGUCUCGGAUGAAUCAGAAGGAACUCCGGAGGAGGACGAGGCCGAGAUGUCGGGACAGGAGGAGAUUCAUCGCCCGGAGCCAGCUGAAGGGAGAGCCUCCGCCAAGCCGGCUCCCGGGGCCAUCCCCCUGGGCAGCCCCACCGGCCCCUCCAAGGGCAGCUACAGCAGCUACCAGGAAAUCAUCGCCACGUCCCUCCUGGACCUGGGCCAGAUCGCCAACGAGGGCUUGCCCGGGGGUGACGCGGGCAGCAGCGCAACGCACCUGGCACAGGGGGAGGCUGCAGAGGGGGCCAGCGACGAGGGCGAGGGGGACGUUUUCAUCCAGCCAGAGGACGCCGCGGAGGUGGUCGAGGUCAGCAGUGAGCGGCCCCAGGAGCUGUGCCCCGAGUCCCUGGGGGGCACGGCCAGUGGAGAGUCCAGCAAGCGGAAAGACACGCUGGAUCAUGAGGAGGAGGAGGAGGAGGAGGAGGAGGAGGGUGAGGAGGAGGAGGAGGACGAGGAUGAGGAGGACGAGGAGGAUGAGGACGAGGAGGACGAGGAUGAAGACGAGGACGAGGAGGCAGCCCCUGAGGUCAUCUGUGAGGACGCCCCCCAUGCCUCUGCCCAGAAGGCCCCCGAGCCCCCCGGCCUCCAGCCCGCCUACCCCAUCGUGGUGGAGCUGCGCUCCGACGAUGACAAGGACGACACCACGCACUCCCCACAGUCGGCCGCCACAGACGCCUCAGAGCCGGACGAUGUGCUGACCCGCGGGAACCUGGGCCUCCUGGAGCAGGCCAUCGCGCUGAAGGCCCGGCAGGGGGGCUUGGCGCGGGAGCCGGCCGGGCAGGGCCAGCCGGGCCCUGGCGACGGGAAGGCGGGGAAGGCCCUGGACGGCGCACGGAGGGGCUACUACAGCAAAGACUCUUCCAGAGCUGAAAAGCGUGAGAUCAAAUGCCCAACACCAGGCUGUGACGGCACUGGCCACGUGACCGGCCUGUACCCACACCACCGCAGCCUGUCGGGCUGCCCCCACAAGGACAGGAUCCCCCCAGAGAUCUUGGCCAUGCACGAGAACGUGCUGAAGUGUCCCACUCCCGGCUGCACAGGGCAGGGCCACGUGAACAGCAACCGCAACACACACCGCAGCCUGUCCGGGUGUCCUAUCGCUGCUGCUGAAAAAUUAGCCAAAUCUCACGAGAAGCAGCAGCCACAGACAGGGGACCCUCCCAGGAGUAUCUCUAACUCAGACCGGAUCCUCAGGCCCAUGUGCUUCGUGAAGCAGCUGGAGGUCCCUCCCUACGGGAGCUACCGGCCCAGUGUGGCCCCUGCCACGCCCAGGGCCAACCUGGCCAAGGAGCUGGAGAAGUUCUCCAAGGUCACCUUCGACUACGCGAGUUUUGAUGCUCAGGUUUUUGGCAAACGCAUGCUUGCCCCAAAGAUUCAGACCAGUGAAACCUCACCUAACGCCUUUAAGUGCUUCGACUACGCGCAUGACGCUGAGGCCGCGCACAUGGCUGCCACGGCCAUCCUGAACCUCUCCACGCGCUGCUGGGAGAUGCCCGAGAACCUCAGCACCAGGCCGCAGGAGCCCCCCAGGAAGGGCCUGUUUGUAGUGCUGUCGGGAGGUGAGAGGAUGCGUCCUCCCUGGGAGCUUCAGGACUUGCCCACGGACAUCGAGGUGGAUGAGAACGGAACCCUGGACCUGAGCAUGCGCAAACACCGCAAGCGCGACGGCGCUUUCCCCAGCAGCAGCAGCUGCAGCAGCAGCCCCGGCCUGAAGUCGCCCGACGGCCCCUCGCGCCUGGCCAGCGCCAGCGCCACCAGCAGCUCCCUGACCUCCCCCCAGUCCAGCCAGGCCUCCCGCCAGGAAGAGUGGGACGGACCCUUGGACUACACCAAGCCCAGCCGCCAGCGUGAGGAGGAGCCCGAGGAGUCAGAGCCAGCAGCCCAUUCUUUUGCUUCUUCUGAAGCAGAUGACCAGGAAGUGUCGGAAGAGAAUUUUGAGGAGCGGAAGUAUCCCGGGGAAGUCACCCUAACCAACUUCAAGCUGAAGUUUCUCUCCAAGGAUAUAAAAAAGGAGCUGCUCACCUGUCCCACGCCCGGCUGUGACGGCAGCGGCCACAUCACCGGGAACUAUGCCUCCCACCGCAGCCUCUCUGGUUGUCCUCUUGCUGACAAGAGCCUCAGAAACCUCAUGGCUGCUCACUCUGCUGACCUCAAGUGCCCCACGCCCGGCUGCGACGGCUCCGGACACAUCACCGGGAACUACGCAUCGCACCGGAGUCUGUCAGGCUGCCCUCGGGCCAAGAAAAGUGGGGUCAAGACCACGCCCACGAAGGACGACAAGGAGGACCCAGAGCUCAUGAAGUGCCCGGUUCCAGGCUGUGUGGGGCUUGGCCACAUCAGCGGCAAGUAUGCCUCGCACCGAAGCGCGUCUGGCUGCCCGCUGGCUGCCCGGAGGCAGAAGGAGGGGUCCCUCAAUGGCUCACCCUUCUCCUGGAAGUCGCUGAAGAGUGAGGGGCCCACCUGCCCUACUCCGGGCUGUGAUGGCUCCGGCCACGCCAACGGGAGCUUCCUCACCCACCGAAGCUUGUCGGGCUGUCCCAGAGCGACUUUUGCUGGAAAGAAGGGAAAACUCUCAGGGGAUGAGAUUCUCAGCACCAAGUUCAAGACGAGUGACGUGCUGGAGAACGACGAGGAGAUCAAGCAGCUGAACAAGGAGAUCCGCGACCUUAAUGAGUCCAACUCGGAGAUGGAGGCCGCCAUGGUGAAGCUGCAGUCCCAGAUAUCCUCCAUGGAGAAGAACCUGAAGGACAUCGAGGAGGAGAACAAGCUCAUCGAGGAGCAGAAUGAGGCCCUGUUUCUGGAGCUGUCCGGCCUGAGCCAGGCCCUCAUCCAGAGCCUUGCCGACAUCCGCCUUCCGCACAUGGAGCCAAUAUGCGAGCAGAACUUCGAUGCCUACGUGAACACGCUCACCGAUAUGUGCUCCAACCAGGAGUGCUAUCAGAGCCCCGAGAACAAGGACCUGCUGGAGAGCAUCAAGCAGGCCGUGAGGGGCAUCCAGGUCUAGGCCCGUGGCCCGAGGGGCUGCCGCUCCGGACUGGGCUGGGGAACGUCUGCUCCCCUGCUCCGCCCCGGGGCCGUGGGGACUCUGGACCCACGGGGACAGUUGCUGGGCAGCCUGGGGGAUGUGGGGGACGUGCGGGGAGGCCUCGGCCGCGUUUAUCCAAAGGGGUGCCUAGAACUCAGUGUUUCCCACGUCGCCAAGCCAUGGCUGCUCAGGGCCCCUGGCCGCUGAGGCUGGGAGAGCUGCCGGGGGGCAGGGGCGCUGAAGUAUUACAAAGUGAUUUAUUUUUGUUUUCUGAAAGAAAUCUGAAGAGCAGUUCAAAGUCUCCAGUGGAAAGCUCAACAGAAAAGGUUCUCAGGGAAGUUUUGGAGUUGCAACCACAGUAUUCCUUUGUCUGUCGUAGCUGGUAUGCGGUGUGGGGUGGGAUGGGGUGGCAGUGUCCAGACUCAGGGCACCCCGGGGCCGUGGCUGGGGCCAGACACUGGCACUGGGACGCAUCCAGGUCCGCGAGGGCCGUUGUGGUGAGAGCAUUUUUAAAAUUUUUGUUUGAUUUAGUUUUGUGUUAAGGACUGAACAAAGCACUGUUCCAGAGGAAAAAAAAUUAGGGAUAGACCUUCCAGAGAAUCACUCUCUAGACCACUGAUGAGCAUCUGUAGCCCGCUGUCAGCUCAAAGAGGUUUAGCCACGGAGAGUUCUUGAAAACCAGCCUCUAGAUUCACACGUAAAACUCCCUGGGUUGGGGAAGGCCUGCAGGGGGCCCAAGGCUGUGCAGACCCUGGGGUCUCCCCACCCUUUGCUGCUGCGGCUUUCAGGCCCCCACGUCUGGGCUCGGGGAUCAGGGACCUUGGGCCGGGGGCCUUCUGGUUUCCUGUGUGCCCACCCAUCACAGCCACGUGGGUUCCCUCGCAGGGACCGUGGUGGGACAGCGUCAGGGCCCACAAAGACUUCACGUUUCAGUCUGUUCCAGAAAAAAAAAGGCAAAAAAAAGGUAAAUUUUAAUUUAGUGUGUUAAAAACACAAUGUUCUUAAA